ACCAGAGACGCUCUCGCAGCGCAUGCGCAGAGGGCUGAGCUACUUGUCGCAAAUGUCAGCGACACGGACAAACACUGACAGACUCUCUCAGCGGUUCAGUGUGAGAACGAGAAAUGACUGAUUUCUACAGUUGUGACGUUCAUUCUUAAUAAAAAACAAGCUUAAAGCGGAAGGAGUUGACAGAGAUAUGGAGCAGGAGUUUGAGGACAUAGAUUCAGAGGGCCGCUGGCAGAACCUUUAUUUAGAAAUACGCAACCAGUCACAUGAGUGUGCCUUCAAAGUGGCCAAGUAUCCAGAGAAUCGCAAUAGAAACAGAUACAGAGAUGUGAGCCCAUUUGACCACAGUCGGGUGAAAUUGGAAAACACAGAAAAUGACUACAUCAAUGCCAGCCUGGUGGUAAUGGAAGAAGCCCAGAGAAGAUACAUACUUACACAGGGUCCUCUGAGAAACACCUGUGGUCACUUUUGGCUGAUGAUCUGGGAGCAGAAGACCAAAGCCGUUAUCAUGCUCAACAGAGUAAUAGAAAAAGGCUCGGAAAAGUGUGCACAAUAUUGGCCGACACAAGAAGAACGAGAAAUGUCCUUCCGUGACACCCGCUUUGUGGUAACACUAGUGUCAGAGGACAUCAAGUCAUAUUACACCACCAGAGUGCUGGAACUCCAGAACGCAAAUACAGGAGAGACAAGAGAGAUCUAUCAUUUUCAUUAUACCACAUGGCCUGACUUUGGCGUCCCAGAAUCCCCAGCCAGCUUUCUCAAUUUUCUGUUUAAAGUGCGAGAGUCUGGCUCACUUGGGAUGGACCAUGGUCCAGCAGUGGUCCACUGCAGUGCAGGAAUUGGGCGAUCUGGAACAUUCUCUCUGGUUGACACUUGUCUUGUCUUGAUGGACAAGAGAAAAGACCCAUUGGCAGUGGACAUCAAAAAGAUUCUUCUAGACAUGAGGAAGUAUCGAAUGGGUUUGAUUCAGACCCCCGACCAGCUGCGUUUCUCAUACAUGGCUGUGCUGGAAGGUGCAAAGUACAUAAUGGGAGACUCCUCUGUGCAGAAACAAUGGCGAGAGCUCUCUAGAGAGGACCAAGAACCCCUAUCUGAGUCUCCCCCACCGCCGCAGCCUCCUAAAUGCACAGAACGCUACAAUGGCAGCAAGCUGUCUCGUCUGGAGGAUGGGAUGGACUCAAAGACAGGAAAGAAAACAGGCCUAGAGACCCCCAAUAAAGAACCAGACAGAGAUGCUCGAACAAUUGGUCACAAAAGACCAAGAGAUGAGAAAAUGUCCAACCCCAUGCAGAAGACUCAGAAGCAGAUAAAACCCAGGAUCAACGACCCUGAUAAGAAAAGAAAAAGUCUGGGCUGUAUUUGCUGUACGUGACACAGCGAGUGCUGCCCUGUUGGGAAACCUCCCCAAUGAGGCAGCAAUGGCACAUCUGCAGGAUUUUUUGUAAAAACAAGCUUGACCAGGCUCCUCAAAAUCCUCAGGCUGUACGUGAGCUCCAGACACGAGCCUUGUGUGCUGUGACAUGCUGGUUUGGAGCUUGCUGCUAUUCCUAUGGCCGUGGCUGUUGGCCUUUUAAGACUGAGCUUGAGCAUGGUGUGAUGUUUUUGCUUUUUUUCUCAGAUUUAGACGUUUGCUUUCUCUACUUGAAUGAGAUUAAAUUGUGUUCGCAACGGCAAAUUUAAACAAAAACUUAAAAGUCUUUUGAGGGCCAAAACCUAAUGGUUUUUCUAUAUUGAAAUGUGGUAGAGUUCUUUAGUUCUUGGCACAGCCUCAGUGCAUUAAUUCUCAAAUUUUGAAACAUUUGUGGGCGUGUGGUUUGUGUGCAGCACUGGUAUGUUUCUGCAGACUGAGAUAAGAGUGUGUUUUGCUUGGUUAAUUGUGUGUCACUAAAGUAGAUUUCUUUAUUUUUCAUGUAUAUUUUUGUUUUAUUCUGCCAUUUUAGUGAAAAGGAUGCAUGUAUAACAAGAUUUUUUUUAAGCAUAAAACUUCCCUCACUUGCCUUCAUGCCCCCCUUUAUCACUCUCAGGUUUGCAGAAAAAAUUUUCCCACAUCAUUGGAAUUGCAACCACUGUGAAAUGAACCCACUGAAUAUUUGUCAUUGGAUGGAUAAAUAAAUAUCAGUGGAUAAAUAUUUAUAUCAGUCAGAUGUAUAAAGAUGGACAAAAUAGUCUAAAACCAGUGGUUCUCAACUAGGGGACAACUUUCCUUGUAAAAAUAUAAAUUUCUUAAAAUUGUUUAAAUGUAGUUAUAUUAAUGUAAUCUUAAUUACGAUGCUUAAAAACACAAAAAUGAAAAAUAAAGAUGUACAAUAAUCAACAUAAUUGUGAGCAACAAAAUGCCUGAGGUAAUUAUCAGCUCAGAUAGGAGAGCCUUCGGACAGAUUCUCUGACAAAAGGGAACCUUGGAGUCAAAUACCACUGGUCUAAACUGACCCAUCAUUACAUGCAGAAACAUUUUAAUCACUGAAGCCAAAGGGGUAAAUAAGGAGUAGGGAACAGUAUACCAAUAUUGAAUGUAAUUUUGUUACAGUAAUAAGAGCUUAGUCCUUAUUGGUCGUUAAUGCCCCUGCUGCAUGGUGGGACAUUAACUACCUAUUAUUCUUAAUAGACUGUCAAUCAGAGGCAGAGCUUAAAAGAGCUUAACAUGCAUAUAUUGAAUGUGCCACUUAAAGGGAUCACCCAAAAAUGAAAGUUCUGUCAUUUACUCAUGCAGCACAGAUGCAGUAGAAAUGUAUUUGCACAAGAAUCUAUAUCAUGGAACAUUAUGUUGGUAUGUCGCAUUUCAUUUACACAUGAUAAAAGCCGCAUAGUCACCUCUAAGGCUGCUUUUACACUGCAAGUCUUAAUGCGCAAAUCUGGGGCCGUGUUCACAAAACAUCUUAAGGCUAAAAGUAGCUCCUAACUUGCUGAUUUAUAAGAAACUCUUAAAAAUAAUGGGUGUGUCAGUCCUAAAUUUAGGACCUUAUGCACAAAGCAUUUUAGUGCUAAAACUAGCUCCUAAAUCUGUGAAAAGUUAGGUAAGUCACAAUUCAUGAAGAACAAACCACAAACAAUCGUAAAAUGGUUGUUGCCGGCAAUCCGCCUCAGCGAUCUGCCCAAAGACACUGUACACCAUGGCAAAAGGCGAUAGAGCCUUGAAUCGUGAGCCUUUUCUUCAUAAAUGCAAUAAAUAUUUUGAUUUAUAGAUUUUAAUCUGUGAUGAUAUAAAAUAAAGGUUAAUUUAUGUACAGGUAGGGCUGGGCGAUAUGGCAAAAAAAUAAAAUCUUUUUUUUUUUUUUUUUUUUACUGUUUAACUAGUCAACUUGAAAACUUAACUACAAUAUGAUUUAAGUAACAUUCUCUUUAUUAACAGUCCGGUUAAAAAAAGUUCCAUUCCAGAUGCACCACACAUAAAGUGAUCAGCAUAUUGUAAAUGUAAAACAAUUUGUUAAAUAUCUUUGCAGAAAAUAUGCCUGAAAUAUGAAGGCAAAUGUUGUACAAACUUAUCUUAAACACAUCCUAUAUACUCAAAUUAUAUAAAAUAAGAAAAUGCUAAAUAUUUCUUAGCCAAAAAGUAAUAGUAAUAAAUAACACCAGUAAUAGGCUAUUAUUAACAGCAUAUGCUUUGUAAAAACAGAAAACAGCAGCUUUCAGCCUGUCACCAUCAUGCAAACAUGAAAUAUCAAACAGGUUUACAGGUGUUUGCAUUCCACAUUUGUCCUAUUGUUUUUAUGUUUGACGGGCAUGUUUAGGUGUUGCACUUGUGUCUUGCGUCAUUUGCAGCGUCUCACCCAUGAAAUAGCAUUCUAAAAACACGGCGGUCAAGGUAAAAAAAAAAAAGCCCCUUUGCGUUUAAUAUCUUUGCCUUUUUUUCUCAUUCCACUGCCUGCAUCUCAUUUUUAUAAUGCAAUAACCAGGGUAUCCGCGGGGCAUUAAAAAACCAUUAAAAGUCAUUAAAUGGAUUUUGCGAAAAUUAAGGCCUUAAAUGGCAUUAAAAAGCAUUAAAUUUUAUUCCUACAGGCAUUAAUUUUUUUUAGAUAGUUUUGAAGGAAAAGAAUACCAGUUUAUAUUGAAUAUAGCCUUCAUAAUUAAUAACUUUGAUUUGCUGUCGCAAAAUACGUACAUUGGUGUGAUACCCACACGGAACCAGUUUGGUAAUUGCCGUCCGGCCGGUGCAAAAUUGCCAUAAUGCCGUUUUGAACAGCGGCGGGAUGGGACCUGGAGACGGAAGGCUGAAUUAGUGUUGCCAACUUAGAGACUUUUCAGACCCCUUUUGCGACUUUUUUACAAGAAAGCGCAUUGUGACGAAUAUACUUGUUAACCUGAUUCCGAGACUCCCCGGUACUGCCGCACGAGCGCGAGGUCUUGCUUUCCUGCCGCUGGCGUACCUGCGUCUGCUCUGUUCAGUGAGUGGCUGAGAGGAGCAGCGCAUUCAGUUAAGGAUGUCAGAGAACAAAUAAAAUAGAUACUAUUGCUUCUAACCUGAGUGAUCAUUUUACGAGUACAUAUAGCCAAAAUCACAGCAAAUGUCUUUAUAUUAUGUGUAUGGUGAUUCUGUCAGACAACGUCUCGAUUAUAAAUCAGGAUUUUUAGCGCUGAUUUAACAUGUCAGGGCUCGACACUAACGCUUGUCAAUUAGUCCGGGUAAGUGUAUUUUUUGAAGGGGCAGGUGAAAGAGAAGAAAGAGACAAGGACCUGAUUAAAACGUCAAUACCAAAAAAAAAAAAAAAAAA